AUGUCUUAUCAUGAGGAUCGGCGAGAAGACAAACGUGGCAGCUGGGGGAGUGGAGGGGGCGGUGGUGAUAAAUGGGCUGCGAGGCUAUAUGUUGGUCGACUUUCAAGAAAUGUAUCAGAACGUGAUAUAGAUGACGCUUUUGGAAAAUAUGGACGAAUUCGAGAGGUUGACAAGUGGGAUGAGACCGAUAAAGAAACGCGACGCCCACCACGCGAGAAUUUGGAAUAUUUAGUGGUUGUUGUCUGUCUUUUUAUGGUGAUGUUGAAUUCGAAAUUGGAGAGAAAUAGAAAUUACGGUGGUGUGAAUAUUCAAGAAAAUGGUAAAAAUUACCUCGUUUCUGGUGAUACUGAAGAAAACAAAGGAGAAAAAAAGAAUAGGCGUCGUAUUUACACACAUCUUUCUGCUACUAAUGCUCGCCGGAGGGAAUUGGACGGCGUACGUAUUCAAGGUAAUGAUGAACGAGUUUUGGUAGAGUUUGCCAAAGGUAAGACAACUGACUAUUUUCGAGAUCUUGCACAGGAAGCACCUGGCGCGGAUCGUCCCGAGACAAUCGAAAUUCGAAUUAUGGUAGUGGCAGGGGAGGGAGUCGAUAUGAUAGUAGGCCACCUGAAAGAUGUUUUAACUGUGGUCAAGUUGGGCAUUGGGCGAGAGAUUGGUUAG